AUGAGCAAGGCGGAGCGCGCGGCGCUGCACGCCGCCCAGCCGCACCGGAAGACGCUGUUGCCGUCGCACGCGCUGCUGACGGAGACACUGCUGCCGCUGUGGGAGACGGCGCGGCGGCUCGAGAUGCCGAAGGAGGAGCGUGUCGCGGCGAUUGCCGCGCUGUGGGCCGCGGUGCAGGGCCAUGUUCUCGAAAUCUCGCGCGGACACAAGGGCGGCCGCAUCCUCCAAACAAUCGUCAAGUAUGGCGGCAAAGACGAGCGCCUCGGCGUCGCGAUGGAGCUGCAGCCGAAAUGGCGCGAGAUGAUGGAGUCCAAGUACUCCAAGUUCUUGAUGGGCAAGCUUAUCCGGUACUGCCCGUCGAUCCGGCCGUUGCUCGUGCCCGUGAUCGCCAAGGACCUCGGCAGCCUGCUGGCGCACGCGGACGCGGUGCAGCCCAUCUCGGACUUUUACGACUUGUACGCGAGUGCGCGCGAGCGGCGUGGCCUCGUGCGCGGCUUCUAUCCGCGCGAAGUCGCGCUCUUCGACGGCGGCAAAGAGGGGGACACGGCGGGGCUGGAGGCCGCGCUGGCGGACACGAGCGAGGCGAGCCGCCUGCGCGUGCUGGAGGGCGUGGAGCGAGUCGUGCUCGAAAUCUUCAAUGCGACACAGAAAACUGCACUCGCCCAGUCCAUCUUCCACCGCCUCGUCUUCGAGUACAUCACGUGUCUCUACCGCUUCCUCUCGCCCGAGGACGCAAGCGCGAAAAUGCACGAGCUGCUCGACGCCGCCGCCGAGUCGCUCCCCGAGAUCGUGCAUACCAAGGACGGGAGUGCGGCCGUACGCCAGCUCCUGGUCCGCGGGACGGCCAAGGACCGGAAGGGCAUUCUCCAGCAUCUGCGGAAACAUGUCGAGGCGAUCGCGCGCGACGCCGACGCGCAGCUCGUGCUCUUCACGGCGUUCGACGUGGUCGACGACACGAAGCUGAUGGGCAAAGCGUUCGUCGCCGACCUCGUCGCGCUCGCGCCCGCGCUUGCGGCCGACAAGGUCGGCCGCCGCGCCGUCCUCUACCUCCUCGUUCCGGGGGCGAGUCGGCACUUCCUGCCUUCGACGCUAUCGAGCCUCGCGGCGUCGGCGGCGACCGCAGCCGCAGGCACGAGCAAGAAGGAUGCGGCGGUGCGGCGGCGCGAAAUCGCCACCGCUGCGAGCCCAGGCCUCCUCGCCCUCGUCGCGGAGCACCCCGAGCUCGUGCGCGACCCCGGCGCGGGCUUGCUUGUAACGGACAUCCUCCUCUCGGCCGUGGGGGACAAGAGCGCGGCGAUCGCCGCGCUCACGCAGCCCCUCGCGCAGCCGUGGGACGAGGAGCACGUCCUCGCCCUCCCCCACGCGACGCGCACGUACAAGACGCUCCUGGGCGGCGGGCACUUUUCGCAGGCCGCCAAGGCGAUCGAGGUCGUGGAUCCUGCGUUGGGGCGCGCGUUCGGCACGGCCAUGUGGCGCGCGCUCGUUGAUGCCGAGGGCGGCGAGAAUGUGCGCGACGUCGCGGCCGGCGCGCCGUUCGUCGUCGUCGAGCUGCUUGCUGCGCUCGACGGCAGCGAGGUCUGGCCCGAGGUGUGUGAGGUUAUGCGCUCGGAGGACGUGCGUGCUGCUGUCGAGGCGAGCGAGAUGAAGGGCGCGAACGUGCUCGCGGAGCGCAUCAAAGCUCUAUAG